CUUUUUCUGUUUCUUUAUUGGUGUCGCCGCUGCUCUCUCCUCUCUCGACUUUCUCUCAAGUUCUCAAGUCUCAAUGUUGCAAAGUACUAGGCUAGGCAGGCAAUUCAUUUUGUCUCUCCCUCCGACCUUCCUUCUCUUUUGUUCAACGCCUUUCUCCACGCUCUUCUCUCUCGUCUCCAGUAGCAAAAGUACAGGACUCCGUCUUCGACAGCAACGCGACGUCGACUUUGGCAACAACAAACAGAUUUACAAUUGCUCGUGAUAUCUACCAGUUGUUUUUGGAGGAAAAGAAAAAAUUGAGAAAUUAAUUUGUCAAUCGUAGGUUGUCUUUAACUAUUGAUUGUUGGACUUCCAUACAGAAUAUUAGUUACAUGUGCCUGACUGCUCAUUGGAUUGAUGACAAUUGGAAGAUGCAAAAAAGGAUUAUUAGUUUCAUUCAGGUUCCUAGCCAUAAAGGUGACAUGGUUGCAAAAGAAAUGAUUAGUUGCCUCAAUCAUUAGGGGAUUACUCAACUUUUCUCCAUCACUGUUGACAAUGCCUCUUCAAAUGAUAUAGCUUUGAGAAAAGUCAAGGAAUAUUUGUCUGAAAAGAAAAAUGCUUUAGUUUUGGGUGGAGAGAUGUUUCAUAUGCGGUGUUGUGCACAUAUUUUGAACUUGGUUGUUAGUGAUGGUUUAAAAGAAAUGAGUUAUGCCAUUUCUAGCAUAAGGAAUGCAGUUAGGUAUGUGAGAUCUUCACCGGCUAGGUUGAAGAGGUUCAAAGAAGCAUGUAAAGAUGUAAAUGUUGAAUCGAAAGCUUUAUUAUGUUUAGAUGUGGUGACAAGGUGGAACUCCACCUACAUGAUGCUACAGGUUGCAUUGAAGUUUAAGAAAGCUUUUAGGUAUUUGGAAGGGGAUGCAAAUUACACAAAGUAUUUUUGAAGAAGAAAGAGUAAAUGGAGAAAAAGUGGAUGGCCCACCAGAAAAUACUGAUUGGACUAAUGCAGAAGUAUUUGUUAAGUUUCUCAAGGCAUUUUAUGAACUUACUUUGAAGCUCAGUGGGUCAUUGUAUGUCACAUCAAAUCUUUUCUUCCAAGAGAUUCUUGAAGUUCAAGUUGAGCUGAAUGAUAUAAAGAGUAGUACAGAUGAGUUGAUGAGUAAAAUGGCGGGGAGCAUGCAGUUGAAGUUUGACAAGUAUUGGGGCAAUGUUGGGAAGAUUAACUUGUUGCAAUAUAUUGCCUCUAUUUUGGAUCCAAGAUUCAAAUUGGAUGUUGUUCAUAACGGUUUCAGGUAUCUCUAUGAUCCCAUUCAAGCUGAAAAAAUGAUAAAGAAAGUUGAGAAUAUGAUGACUACCUUGUAUGCAUUUUAUAAGGACAUUGUUGUGCCACCUAGUUCCUCUAAUGAUCAACAAGCAAGUGAAAGUGUCACUUCCAAUACAAGUGAAAGUUCUAGUAGCUCAUCAUUUCUUAUUAAGCGAAGGUUUAUUUUGAGUGAAGUAACCAGCAAUGAUUUGGAUGAUUAUUAUGCAGAUCGAAAGGAAAAGUUAGUUGAGGAUACGAAUUUUGACGUUCUAGAUUGGUGGCAAAGGAAUGGAAACAAGUAUCCUAUUGUCUUUCAUAUUGCAAGAGAUGUUCUGGCUGUUCAAAUGUCUACAGUUGCUUCUGAAUCAGCUUUUUCAGCUAGAGGACAGAUUCUGAUCCAUUUAGAAGCUCUUUGUCUCCAAAAAUGUUCGAGGCUUUAAUUUGCUCAAAGAAUUGGUUGACUUGUGAAUAUGAUGCUCGUAUUGUGUUGAGACAAUACAUGGACGAAAUCGAAUGUUUGGAGAUAUCCGAGCAAGUUGAGUCAGGAAUCGUGUAUUACAAACACAGGAAUUGAGACUACUACUGCUACUCCUAGUACUUUAUGGGCCCUUUGAUGGAGGAAUCAUGAGAUGAUUGUUGGUUACUUGGAUUGGUAUUAUCUUUUUAUAUUUGUAUUUGAACUUUAAAGUUUUAACGUGGUUGUAUGAUUUGUGAUGUUUCAUGGUUAGACUAUUUUGUAUUUGAAUUUUGGACUAGGUAUGUAAUGUUUUACGGUGGUUGAUUUAAUUGUAUUUGGACUUUGGUUUAUAAUUGGGCUUUAGACUAUAUUAAUUUUCCUUUUAA